AGAGGAUAUUCUAUGUUAAAGUGCUGCCAAAAAUAUUAUAUGUGGCGCCCAUAUUUUUAAAGUUGUUAUUCUGCGAUUCUCUUUUAAUUUCAAUGUAUCUUCUUACGAAGCAUGAACACGGUAGCUUGUAAGCAUAUCCUCUCCAACCUAUUACUUUAUUCCACGUGACCCAGUUCUGGCAUUGAGAUCUUUACACAGGAGAAGCACAGCCCCCCAAAAAUCUGAUAAAUUCACAACCCAUUCUGUGGACUUGCAUUAAAUCAAGUGCUCAAUAUCUGCAGAAGGCAAGGAUGGAAGGAUCGAAAGAAUGCCCCCGUCUUAUGAUCGUCUCAGACCUCGACAAUACCAUGGUGGAUCACCACGAUCCAGAAAACAUAUCCUUGCUUCGUUUUGGUGCAUUAUGGGAAGCAGACUACAGACAUGAUUCCCUGCUGGUUUUCUCUACUGGGAGAUCUCCAACACUCUAUAAAGAGCUGAGGAAAGAGAAGCCAAUGCUGACUCCUGACAUUACCAUAAUGUCUGUCGGAACUGAGAUAACAUAUGGAGAUGCAAUGGUCCCUGAUAAAGGGUGGGAGGAAUGGCUGAAUCAAGGGUGGGACAGAAGCAUUGUGUUUGAAGAAUCUGCUAAGACUCCUCACCUUAGACUUCAGGCAGAAACAGAGCAACGACCCCACAAAGUAAGCUUUUAUAUUGAGAAGGAACAUGCUCCUGAAGUGAUUAACAUACUUUCUAAACGACUAGGAGAACGGCAGCUGGACGUCAAGAUCAUAUAUAGUGGUGGCAUUGAUCUGGACAUACUACCACAAGGUGCUGGUAAAGGACAGGCUUUAGCCUAUUUGCUGAAGAAAUUCAAUUCAGAAGGUAAAUCACCUUUGAAUACUCUUGUCUGCGGUGAUUCUGGCAAUGAUGCAGAAUUAUUCAGUGUUGCAGAUGUCUAUGGAGUCAUGGUCAGUAAUGCACAAGAAGAAUUAUUACAAUGGCAUGCAGAAAAUGCCAAGAACAAUCCUAAAAUUCUCCAUGCAAGUGAAAGAUGUGCUGCAGGCAUCAUCCAAGCCAUGCAACACUUUAAUUUAAACCCCAAUGUUUCUCCUCGAGAUAUAGUUGACUACUCCCAAACUACACCAAAAAACUUUUCCCUUGGUCAUGAGAUUGUGGAGUUCCAUCUAUUAUGUGAGAAGUGGCGCCGUGCAGAAGUUGAAGAUUCAAGUGACAUUUUUGAUCGACUAAAAUGUGUACUUGAUCCAAACUGCAUCUUGGUGCAUCCAUGGGGGGUUGAAGAAAACCUUUUCACUGGUAUUGAUGCUUUAAGACAAUGUUAUGGAGACCAGAAGGGAAAGAAUUUUCGAAUUUGGAUCGAUAAGAUUCGUCCGACAAAACUUGCCUCAGAUAUUUGGCUUGUAAAGUUUGAUAAGUGGGAGCUAAUUGAAAAAGAACGACGUUGCUGCCUAACAUCAGCUUUGUUAAAAGAAAAGCCUGGUGCUCCAAACGCAUUGAUGUGGCUUCACAUUCAUGAAACAUGGCUCAGUGGAUGUGGAAGCAGUUCCAAUUUGUGUUGUUCAAUCUAAAGUAGAUGACCAGAUAACUGAAACUCUGGUUCUGAGCUCAGAUACUACAAUGAAACAGAUGCCAGAUGUUGGUGUUUCAUGCAGAUUUAGUUCUAACAUGUUUACAUGGAAUUAUAGCCUAGUCUUUGAGGGUUCCCUAGCAUUUUCCUAUUGCUGUUGUUUAAAAGAUGCCUUUAUAAUAACGAAAAAGGCUUUCUGGAGCUCAGUGAAUACUACACUAUAAGAUAUGGCAAAUAAUUUUUGAUUAAUAAUAAUUCUUUGUUUUCCA